GUUUCGUCCUCGACAGAAAAUAUAUCUGCCGUAAUUAUUCAAAAUGUUUUUUUUAUUUGCUGUCACAGGUAGAAAACUGUUUAUUCGGAAAGUAGGCUUUACUCUGUGAUUCAUUCUCUUGAUUAUACAGAACCGAGUUUUGGAUCUUUCUCCAUUGGACGGUGAUGCUAAAAUGGCAACUCAAAUUUUUUUAGUUUUCCUUUGUUUGAUGAUGUACAUUGGAGACAUUGUAAGCACAUCUGAUAUUUGCACAGGAGCACAUUGUCAGAGGUCAUCCAGAUCACCGGAUCACCAGAGCGCAUCACCUCAUCACCAAAGCCGAUUUUCAGUUUAUUCUCCAAGACGCCCAGCAGUCCCCUACACUGUAAUCCAACCACAGCACAGCAGGACCGGUAGUCCAAAAGAAAACCCAAGGACCAUCACCGCUGAGGUGUUCAACCCACAUGGAUGCACUGGAGGACGUUGUCAUGGCUCGGCAAGACCAACACAUAACAAUACGAAAGAGUGCAAAGGACUUGAGUGUAAACAGCCUGUACGAAUUCGACAAGAGCCCCGGCAACAUCCCUGCAUUGGAGAUGCCUGCAGCAGGGGCUCACAUGCUGGAAGAGGCAGACUGUCUUUUGCCCAUAUGCAGGACAGAGCUGAGCAAGUAUUAGAGGAAUUUCCAGAGUUUGGACUUCGAGGGGGGCCAUCAUCUGGAAUUCAACUGACAUGUGACAUCAAACCAGGUUUUAAUGAGGUCCAGUCUGAAGACGCAUUGGUGUUACACUUCCACCUGGCGGAAGGUCAGGAGAAAUUUUUGGAACAGCUACAUGGGCAGGAAGCUGAGAUUAAGCAGUUCCAAAGCACACUUAGUGUACAGCGAGCCGCUCUAUUAACCCACCAGAGGGAAAUUCUAGACCAGCAGCGGAGGAUGUUCGAGCAGAUGGAAGAAGUCAAGACCCAGUACAACCUGCUCCUGGAUAGUGUCAAACACUUAUCUGUCCAAGGGCCACAAGGAAUCAUUGAGAGCCAUUCAGAGAGUCUGCGAUCCCAGACAAGGACGUAUCCCAGGGAGGCCUUUAUGCAUAAGAUGAACAUGGAUGCUAGCGUUAAGGAUGCUGACAGACCUGUUCUUGGCUGUGGAUCCUGUGAAGCCUAUGAGUACUGUGACUUCAGUGCAGACCGGCCACGCUGUGAGAAAUGUUCUGUUUGCCUUCCGGGAUUCUUUUUGGUGGCUCAGUGUUCAAUUCAUGCUGACCGGAUAUGCCAGGACAGAGAUGAAUGCCUUGAGAUACAAAACUUGUGCAAGGAACAAAACAAGUGCCUCAACACACCAGGAGGAUUCCGUUGCUCCGGCAUGUCAGAGAGGGAUGCAGCUGCAGGGAUGUGUGGACGCUCCUAUUUUUACAAUUCUGAAAUGGAGGAGUGUCAGGCUUGUUCAGAAUGUGAUUCUCACCCCAUGACUUCCCCAUGUUCAGCCAUGAGUGAUGCUGUGUGCUCCAACCCCUCUGAAGGCAGACUCUCUCUUUCCUGGUCUGGUGAUGUCGUCGUGGUCAAGGGUAGCGAGUUUCCCAAUGUACAGCUCCUCAUCCGAGGUAACAGUGAUGGAAACCUGCUUUCCUGCACUGACGGCUUGGUAGUUCUCCAUCAACACGGUCUUGUUUGGGUUGACCAUAACCUUGCUUUGAGACAUGGUUGUCGCAGCUUUAUCCAAGCAUGUCUACGACUAAAUUCCAGUGAGGAUGAGAGUCGAGACUUGAGCGGCAUGCGUGUGGAGCAGCGAGAGGGAAAGUCUCUUCAGAGCACCAGCGUAAGUGGAGCAGCUGCGGUUGAACCGGGUCAUGCACUGGUUCUUUCUCUCAAGAGUGCCAGCAACCAGUGUAACCAAGACAAUGACAGUGUGCACCUUCAGAGCAACCUAAUUUCACCUUUCAGCCUGUUCUGGUUGUCCCACGACACUGGGGCGGUUGCCAUGACCGCCCAGGCAGUUGCUUCGGCACACUACCACACCAACUACCGACCUGCCUUCCGUGUGUCAUCCAUCUCUGACCCGUAUAUGGUCAGGCUGACCGAUGACAAUCGUGGUGUGCGCUUUAGGGAAAGCGGCACUGUGAAGUUCGUCCUUCAGCAAUCUUUGUACUCCAUGGGUCAAGCCUGUGUUUCAGAGGGGUUCUACUUGCUUGCCUACGUGAACCACAACGGAAGCAGUGCCGAGCUGACCCGUACGUACAAGCCUGGUGUUCACUAUAGAGACACUUCCAUAUCACUGUCAGCCACAACCACUGUGGACUCCGGAGACAUGCUGACUUUUGAGAUCCUAGCACCCGCACAGUGCAGUGUGCGCUACUUUGGUGAUGACUCUGGGAUUAGCAUGCUCAGCCUUGUGUGGAUCCCUUCAGCCGCCUCCACUUCCUUGUCAGCCACAGUGUCCCGGAAAGGUCUCCCGUCUGGUGCAGUGCGGAACAAGCCCUUGUUCUUCCUCCAGACAAGUUCAGAAGUGCCACAAGUCACACUUGCUGGAACAGGAGUACUCCUCCCUCACCGAAACUUCAUCUUUAGGGAAGCAGGAACGGCGAGUGUGGCUUUGGAUUUGCGGCUCAUCCACUCAUGCAGUCUAAUCAAACUCACUUUGCUUGAGCAGGGUGAGACACAGGGGGCACAAGCAGCCCCCAUAGCUCAACAGAUUGGCGGACCCAUGCCAGAGGGAAGUGUUUGGGCGAGCGUGGGACUAAGGGUGUCCUUUCAGGUGCAUAACGGCACUGUGGUUUUUGCUACGGUGGAUUGUGUGCGAGGACGCGUCAACCACAUUGCCUAUGAUGCGGGAAGUAGCAUUUCUAUUCUGUGGACAGCUGCAUGAGUGUAGCUUGAUUCAGCUAGCUUGAUAUUAAGCUAACAUGUGGUUGUACUUUUUUUGCAUUAAACGGAUAGUUCACCCAAAAAUUUAAAUUAACCUACCUAAGAGUUGUUCCAAAUCUGUAUAAAUGUCUUUGUUCUGAUAGCACAGAGAAAGAUAUUUUGUAGAAUGCUUGUAACCAAAUAGUUAUUGUACCCCAUUUACUACCAUAGUAGUGUUCUGUUGAACACAAAAUAAGAUAUUUUGAAGAAUGUAAGACAGCAACAGUUCUGGGGCACUUUUGACUACCCUUGUAAUGGUACAAACAUUUUUCCAAAUAUCUUUCUCUGUAAACAAACAAACAAAUACAUUCAUACAGGUUUGGAACAACUAUAGAGAGUAUGUAAUUCAUCGCAGAACUUUCAUUUUAGGGUGAACUCAAUUGCCUUUGAUGCUUUUGCUGUUUCGGCAUCAGUUAUUUGUCCAAUAGUCUAUAAGCCUUCGAAAUCGUUUUCCACAAAUGGAUUCAAAGCAACACCAAACAGGAAUAAAAUUAAAGCUGGAAUCAACUGACAAUUAAUACCAUUAUAAUCUCAAGUAUGUAUUGUUACAAUUAAUCUUGAAGUAAAAUAUGUAAAAUGAAUGAAAAAACAUUCAUACUCUAUUUUUUUAUUUUUAUGUUCAAAUCUUUGUUUAAGUAGAUGUUGUGUUGCCAGAUCUAAAAAAUGUUUUAAAAAAUAUUUCCUUUCUUUAUUGUA